UGCCGCUUGAACCGCGAUAGUAUGGAAUCUAAAAAAUUUACAUUGUAGGUGUGUCUUACUAGAUUAUCGAACUAUAAUGUAUGCCAAAAUAUUGACUGAAAGUUUGUACGAAUAUAAAGACAAUGUAAAAGAACGCUCGCGUAUUUUGUGCGCUAGUUUUAGGUAACAUUCGUGCCGAAACUGUAGUAAAUUGGUGAUUAAAUCUUAGCUGGUCGUAGUGUGUCGUGUACGAUAGUUUUUCUUGAUUCAUGGUAAAUUAAAAUGUGGAAUAUGAUGUGCGACGUGAUGCCUACGAUAUCUGAAGACAGUAUCAGUCAACGGAGUUCUCAAUUUUCUGGCGAGGAUGCGAACUUCGAGCAACUCAUGGUGUCUAUGUUAGACGAAAGAGAUAAGCUGGUAGAGAGUUUGCGUGAGACACAGGAGCGGUUAGGUGAUACAGAACUACGGCUGAAAGAAGUUGAGAAGGAAAGAGAUUCUUUGCAUCGGCAGAUUUCAGCUAAUUUACCUCAGGAAUUUGCGACGCUUACAAAGGAGUUGAAUCAAGCUCGAGAACAGCUUCUAGAGAGGGAGGAGGAGAUAUCCGAGCUCAAGGCGGAACGAAACAACACCAGGCUUCUACUAGAGCACCUAGAAUGUCUAGUGUCGCGGCACGAGCGCUCGCUGCGCAUGACCGUGGUCAAACGGCAGGCGGCUGCGCAGUCGGGCGUUUCUUCCGAAGUGGAGGUUCUGAAGGCGCUCAAGAGUCUCUUCGAACAUCACAAGGCGCUCGACGAGAAGGUUCGAGAGCGAUUACGUGUGGCGUUGGAGAGAAAUACAGCGCUGGAAGAAGAAUUGGCUUUAACCAAAGAAGAACUGCAACAGUACAAAUCAUCGUCCGGCCAGGACGACAAACCCAAAGAGAACGGCACUGUCUCGACUGGAUCGCCAGAACAGAACGGCGAACCGACACAGACUAAGGAAAGUAGUGUUAACGGUGAGCCGGAGACUGGCAAGAAACUAACUGAGCAACAAAACACGAUCGCUAAACAGUCGGCCGAGCUAAGUUCAUGGCAGAGAAGAGUGGCAGAGUUAAACAACAAAAUGACCGAUCUAGAGGAGAAGUUGACAAAAGGAGAAAAAGAGUUGGCGAAGAAACAAGAAGAGUGCUUAAAAUUACAGCGGGAUCUUAGAGAAAAUGUCGCUCAGAAAGAGGACCAGGAAGAAAGAAUAGCUACACUAGAAAAGCGAUACCUCAAUGCACAGCGCGAGUCCACGUCUCUCCACGACCUGAACGAGAAGCUGGAACAGGAAUUGCAACACAAGCAGGCACAGCUUAAGCUUCAAGAAGAGAAGAUAGCGGCCAUCGAGGAGAAGUUGGAGCUGUCCACGCAGAAACUGGCGCAGAUGUCUUCUCUGCCCGAAAUGGAGGAGCAGCUGAAGGCCAGGAUGGAAGCUCUCAGCCAGGCGCAGGAGAGGCAUGGCUCCGCUGAAGACAGAAUACAGAGGCUUGAAGCGAGUGUUGAGGAAAAGAAUGCGGAGCUGAUGAGGCUCAACCAGCGGCUGAGGAUGAACGAGGAGCACAACACGAGGCUGUCUGCGACCGUGGAUAAACUGUUGUCAGAGUCUAAUGACAGAUUGCAAGUUCACCUCAAAGAGAGAAUGCACGCGCUAGAAGAGAAGAACGCCUUGCAGCAAGAGUUAGAGAAGACUCGUAAGUACGCAGAUGAAUUGCUUCACGAGAAACAGGAGAUACUCAAGGAACUCGCCAAGUGGAGAAUGGAGACUGAACAGCUCAAGCGUCAGAUGCUCCAGCAAGAGAUAGCGUUCAACAUUCAACAAACGGACGCCUUGACUCGCUCCUUAUCCCCAGCAGCUCCGCAGCCGCCGCCGCCGGGCCAGCUUAUCUUCCAGCCUAAGUUGGACGGGUCAUGGGAGAAACUUCAGCAAGCUCAUGUGCUCGCAACUGUUCAGCAAGGUUUCGAUGUUACUAGUGAUGCGGAGAAUGAUGAGUCUGAAGGGGCUGAAGGUGGGCACACGGAUGCUGCUGCCUUGGCUCUCAUGCUGCAGGAACAGUUAGACGCCAUUAACACGGAGAUACGACUCAUUCAGGAAGAGAAGCAGAGCACAGAAGCCAGGGCUGAAGAACUGGAGUCCAGGGUUGGCAGCUAUGAACACAUGAACGUUGUAUCGCGUCGUGCCGAGUCUCCGCCCCCAGCUGCUUCGCCUUCACACACACAUAUGCACCACAAGUACCACACUGCGCCCGCGUCAAUGUCACCUGCGCACGCGCACUACCGUGCGGCCAUCGCCUCUGAGAGCCUGCCUUCCAGUCAGUUGCAGCUGUGCGAGGAGGGCGUAGCUGGAGUGGGUGUGGCCGGUGUGGGAAUGGGCGGGGUCUGUGAAGGUGCGGAGUCACCUCUAACGGCGCGUUCGCUACGACUUGAAAGGGCCGCGAGGGCUAUUCACGCGGAGCGAGAUCGUUUGAGGACGCAUUAUCCUGCACCUUAUGACUCGAGCUCUAUAAUGUCUGGAAGUAUGGCAAGGAUCCCGAUGCACAGCAGCUCAAGCCAAGAGUCCCUGGGCGGUGGCACCAGCACUUGGGGUGGCGGGGCAUCGCCCGGUCUUCCUCGUGGCGUGACAUCGGCAGCCUCAGCCGUCUCCAUUGCGUCCAUGCAUCAACAGAAGAAGCGAGGCAUUAAGAGCUCUCUGGGAAGAUUCUUUAGUAAAAAGGAUAAAGCUGGAUUGCCGGUACAAGGUCAAGGGAGUAGGACCCUAUCAUCAGUAUCUUCGUUAGGUCUAUCCUCGCUGGUCGAUGACGACGGUCAGAUGUCGCAAAGCGGUAUGCAAGCCCCGCUACAGCAUGCGGAAUACGCCAGAACUAAAACUAAAGAUCGCGACUACCGUCACGAGUUGUUGGGUGAAGCGAUGCGGGCGGGCACACCGUUUGCCCUCUGGAACGGUCCAACUGUGGUUGCCUGGCUGGAGUUGUGGGUGGGGAUGCCCGCCUGGUACGUGGCAGCCUGUCGGGCUAACGUUAAAUCUGGGGCUAUCAUGUCAGCCCUGUCGGACCAGGAGAUACAGCGGGAGAUUGGUAUAAGCAACCCUCUACACCGUCUAAAGCUCCGUCUAGCUAUCCAAGAAAUGGUGUCUCUAACGUCACCGUCGGCCCCCAGAGGCACGGCUUGCGCAGCGCUGGCCUUUGGAGACAUGAACCAUGAAUGGAUCGGCAAUGUUUGGCUGCCUUCGUUAGGUUUGCCCCAGUAUAGAACGACGUUCAUGGAAUGUUUGGUUGACGCACGUAUGUUGGAGCAUCUCACUAAGAGGGACUUACGCACGCAACUCAAGAUGCUUGACAGUUUCCACAGGACAUCGCUCCAUUUCGGUGUGGCGUGUCUUAAGCGCGUGGGUUACUCAGUGCGCGCGUUGGAAGAGCGACGUCGCUCAGCAGAGCAUUGCAUACGGGACGUACUCGUGUGGACCAAUGAGAGGCUGCAACGGUGGCUCACUGCUAUUAAUCUCAAGGAGUACGCAGCUAACUUAUCGGAGAGCGGCGUGCACGGUGCUUUGAUCGCGUUGGACGAUAACUUUGACGCCAACAGUAUGGCGCUUGCGCUGCAAAUACCCACGCAGAAUACUCAGGCGCGGCAAAUCCUAGAAAUGGAAUUCAACAGUUUACUAGCGAACGGUACGGAGCGUAAGGCGCGGCAACCUCACGAGCACGCGCCUGCCUCCUGACACCACACCAUCAACUAAGUGGCGUUCUAACGCUCGUGUGACGCCACAAUCGGGGCCUAUUAGGAAUUGCAAGAUCUGAUCCCUGAGUGAAAUGAGACGCUUGAGGUAAUUCUGUCGCGUUGGCGGUUUUGUAUAUAUUGGUCUCCGAUUCGUGUGACAACACUGUCGGGAACACUAACUAGUCAAUACACUUUGUCCCGAUAGUGUUGCCAUUGUUAAUUAUGAAAGGAAAUGUGUUUACUGUUGUUAUUCGAGCUCUGAUAUUAAAAUAGUUCAAAUAAUAUUUUGAACAAAAGAUAUCAAAACUAACUAUCGUCUCUAAAUUUCUAGACACGAUACAUUGCCUCCAGAAAUUGUUCAAGGUAAAAAAAUUAGAACCAUUUUAUAUUGGAGCUGAAUAUCUGAGAGAAUAACAAUUUUAUUUUAAGGUAAAUUUUUUAUAAUUGAUGGUUAGCGUGACGCUUUACAACGUGUAACGAAGUGCUCUAACGUAGAUUUCCUAUGUACUUAAAUACAAAUGUAUUCCAAUAUUUAAUGAAAGUUAACUCGCUUAAGCCUUAAUAGAAUAUUCACGGGAGACGACAUUACUUAUUUAUUUUUAAAUUAUUUUACAUUGGCGCAUUGUCUGAGUGUAUUUAAGUGUUCCAACAUCAAAGUGCCUGGUUAAGGCUACUGUGUAUGUACAUAGCUAAUAUUAGUAGAUAUGUGUAUGCUUCUUUAUUUUUGGAUUGUAUGUAGAGAAAAAAUGUUUCAAUUUCUAGGGAUUUAACUUUUAUUACCAAAUAAUGGUAACAAGUUUUACGUGCACGUGCAUACGUACGUAUUGAUCAUAGACUAUAAAAAAAGUACUAGAAAAUUGUGUAUGAACAUUUUAAACGCUUUAUCCUUGUAUUCUCGCGACACAUUAGAAAUGUAAUCCGAAACUUCAAAAAAAUUUGGUUGUAACCAAAUUAUAAGCGUGAAUAAUAUGCGUGGGUAAUAUGAUACUUAUAGACGUGAAAUUAGAAGCAUACAUACAUCAGUCGUGUACAGUGUUGACGCGUCAUUUUGUAAUCUUUUAUAUCUACGUAGUUAGGACAUAUUUUGUUAAUGUAGUACUGACAUCACUUUUUUGACCCGGUGUACGCUAUAUUCUACAUCAGUUCACUUAUAAUAAAUGUUCGGUAAUAAUAAUAAAAAAUGUAUGAACGUUUACAAUCUAUAGUAUUCCACUCGCCAUAGAUAAUUAAUAGAAUGUGUUUUAGCGGACACCGCCUCAAUGAACUAGAUAAGUAAUAAAAUGUACUAUUGUAUAGUUAUACUAAUAUAAUUUAACCGAAUCUAUUGUUGUAAAUAUGGUUUAUACAUAGCGUUUAUAUAUCGUAGCAAUACCUAGCUAGGAUGUGUUCAGACUAGACGUUUGUUUUUAUAUUGCUUAAUUUAUUUGUAGACUAUUAUUUAUUAAUGCUUCGCAUUCGGUAAAUGAAUACAUAUUACCUCAUAUUGUCUUAUUCUAACGGUUGUCGAAAUAUCACAAUGUUUUAUAUGUACCUAAAUAGUUGUUUUAGUUGGACUGUCAAGUGCAAAAGUCGUGGAGAAAAUUUCACUUUUGUAUUUGACUUUACCUGGUUAUAGAUUUAUCGAAACGAUAUAUAUUAUGAACAGUAUUAUAAUAAUUAGAAUGUGACCACGCACUAAAUAAAUUAACUAGAUCGACUUGAAUUGGCAAAUGAAAAUUGAAGUUUGGACGCACAAUCUUUUAAGUAUUAAGUGCAGUAGGAUGUUUCGAAAAUUGUCCGUUUUGAAAUGUUAGGUGUGUGUUGGUUUAGAUAUCCAGUGCACUCGUUUAUAUAUUACUGAAUAAUAUCGAAAUGUAUGUAAUGGGAAUGAAAUAGAUAGCGAUUAUUUAUUUUUUAUCUCCCAAAUAGUCGACUUUAGUUACUCUAAAAACCAGUACCUAAAUUUUUUAUUUUAAUAUGUUAGAGAAUUGAUAAGUGGUCACAUGUAUUAGUGCUAUAAUAUAGUUAAAUUGCGGCGGCUAGUCAAAUCGUUUCGGAAGAGAUCGGUUUCAAUAUCGUUGCGAAUUUGUCACCGGUUUGAAUGAGGGAAAAUAGCUCUGGGCGGCGAGCGCGCAUAUCAUUCGAACAUUAUAAUUUGUGAAUCUAGACGCAGCCAUUUUUUGUAUCGAUCCUAUCUAUAGACAAAAUCUCAUCCACCCAUUACUUUUUAAUUAUAUUCAGUACCUCCCACGUAGGCGUUAAAAGCUUUAAGUAACGAAUUGAGGUAAUACAGAUCCGAUAAAUCGUUCCUUUCGUGUAGUAUCCGAAACUCCACAAGUGCCAACGGACGCAGCUAAAUAACAAUAUUUAGUAUAUUUUUUGUAAUAGUGACAUUCCAGACAGAAUAUGGCUCGCGCAACCAAAGAGUACAGUUACCUUCAUAAGGAAUUAAUGUUAUAUAGGGUGAUAGAAAAUUGUAUAUAAUUUUUGCAUGUUGUAUCGACGGUUAAGGGUACCGCGACGUAUCAGACUGUAUGCGGUCACAUUCCAGGCUUCGUGUGAGUUAGCGCUUCGCCUCCUGUUUAAAUUGAAAUAUUCGAGAUAUUGGGGCAUUCAAGUAUUGUAUUCAGCUAUUGUGUUGACCAAUGUAAUCUGAACUGUGUAACCUUUGUAAAGACUUACCAACGUGCGAUGACUUACGUUAUGCAUAAUGAUAAGAGGUAAAUACAA